UAUUAACUAUAUUAUAAAGAUAAUUUAUCAUGGUAGGACUACGGAAGUACAAAAACCUCGGUAUACUCAUGACAAAAUACAUUACAUACUCGGUAUGUUAGUUAUAAAGAGUAGAGUUGGUCUGCACAACUAUUCGUGGUUGUUUGUUAUUAUUCGUUGAUCGUUCGGUGGUUAUCAGUUAUCAUUCAUUGAUAACCGACCAGUGAAACUGUGAAAGGCAAACGUACCUGUUGUCUAUAGGUACGCAAUUGUAUUUUCUGUUGAUUUUUACCUUUACAAUUCGGAAGGUAUAUUGAUAUAUUUAGUAUUAUUAUGCAAUUAUAUCGAGCGUUGCCGAUUGAUAAGUAGCACUUAGCACUGUUGGACGUUGGUAGGGUAGUCAGUUUCAUACGUUUCAGUACACACUACGCCGCGACGCUAUGUGUGCGUCGUCUGCCCUUCAAAAGGACUAGCGUUUCAACCACCAUUAUGUACUUUACGUUCGGAACGGACAUCGAUCCGUUCCUUGUGAAAAACUUCAACGUGCAAUCUACCAUUGGGUUGGUGACAUUAUGUGUUGGUUUGUUAGCGCUGGCGGUGGUCUUUGAGUCACUUAAGACUGUACAUUUCAUGACGAGGGUUCACCGACGGUUGUUAUGUUGCAGUCAGCCGGAUUGCAAGGAAUUUAUCAAUAAAGAUGCAUUUGUAGUAACAUUUAGAAUGAAAGUUUUUGACUGUUUUAGAACAUUGAGUGUUUACAUGUUUCAAAUGUUGGUUGGAUAUAUUUUAAUGUGUGCAAUAAUGACAUUCAAUGGAUAUAUUUUUUUUGCCACUGUCGGAGGAUAUGGAUUGGGAUACUGGUUGUUUGGCUUAACAAUGAUGCAUUUGUCAGCAAGGAAUUUACUGAAAUCCCAAGAUGUUCCAAUCAGAUGUAAAAACUGUACUAGAAUCAACAUAAACAAAAAAGAUACUACAGAAGAUAGUAUCAGUACUGAUAUAAGUGAUGAUAUAGUACCAAGCACAAGUUCUGUGAUUGAAGUGGAAAUACAUAAUAGAUCAUAAUUUUAAUAAAAUAUUAUUUUCUUAGAUUUUAAGAAACUUGUUUUAACUUUUGAUUUGUUAUUAAGGUAUUUAAAAUGUUUUUGUAGUUACCAUUAUAUCACAAAAUGUUUAUUGCCAAACCAAAGAUAUUAUUUAUUAAUUAAAAUCUAUUUUAUACUGUUGAUACCACAUUAUACAACUGAAAUUUUAAAAAUCUUUAUAAAGUAUUUUAAAUGUCUAUACAAGAAUAACAUAAUUG